AUGCAUCUUGUCCCUGAGGAACAAAUCACAACUGACCAUUCUGCUUAUCUGCUCUCUGCAUUAGCAGGUUCUCCACUGUUUGAAAAGGAGCCCAGGAAGAAGGUGACAUCAGAACUCAUCACACCCAGGUUACUUAUACAUUUUUAUAUCACCAGUCUACAACAGUACUAGAGAUGGUAUGCUAAAUGCACAUGUUGCCCGUCUUUAUUUUCCCUGGGCCAGAUCAAAUGUUGCAAUCUCCUGCUCAUGGCUGCUACCAAAAAGCCAUUUCCUAUGCUGGUCACUGACAUGUUGUGGGGGGUGGGAUGUAAUGUUUAAAUGUAUGCAUUAGGAAAAGUAAUGUUUCACUCAUGCAUAUGCCAGCGCUAUGCAUGGAGAACAUAUACUACAGGGCAAAAAAGCUGUCUUUUGCAGUAGUGGAGCCUGAGCUUUGCAACUUCCUCCCACAAAGAUCCACCUGUUGCUGUUUAGUUGUUUAGUCGUGUCUGACUCUUCGUGACCCCAUGGACCAGAGCACGCCAGGCACUCCUGUCUUCCACUGCCUCCCGCAGUUUGGUCAAACUCAUGUUGGUAGCUUCAAGAACACUGUCCAACCAUCUCGUCCUCUGUUGUCCCCUUCUCCUUGUGCCCUCCAUCUUUCCCAGCAUCAGGGUCUUUUCCAGGGAGUCUUCUCAUCUUAUGAGGUGGCCAAAGUACUGGAGCCUCAGCUUCAGGAUCUGUCCUUCUAGUGAGCACUCAAGGCGGAUUUCCUUAAGAAUGGAUAGGUUUGAUCUUCUUGCAGUCCAUAGGACUCUCAAGAGUCUCCCCCAGCACCAUAAUUCAAAAGCACCAAUUUUUUGGCGAUCAGCCUUCUUUAUGGUUCAACUCUCACUUCCAUACAUCACUACUAGGAAAACCAUAGCUUUAACUAUUUAACCUUUGUUGGCAAGGUGAUGUCCCUGCUUUUUAAGAUCUGCCUAGCACCACGUAAAGACCUGAGAAUUCACCCAGGUCUUGGAUGUGGUAGGAUGCCAGGUGGAAUGCUUUUUGUGGCUGUGAUUUACUUGCCUUGUUUUAUGCUGUUAUCUUUUAUGUUGUGUGUAUCUUAUUGAUACUUACUUCGGAAUUGUCACUUGAAAUGAAAGAGCAGGUCAGAAACAUUUAAAAUAAAUAAUAGAUGCUAUGGGGCUGGGGUAUUUCUAGGUGGGUUGGACAAUGUAGAACAAGUUAGAGCCACUUGAUUGCUCAAGAAAGCAGGGAUGAAUGGGUAGUUCCACCUCUAGUCUAUGUCAAUUUUGCAUGGUUUUAUUCCUUCUAUCCCGUUUCUACAUUAAUACGCCAUUUUUAAAAACCUACAUGAAAACCCAUACUCAUAUUUUUAGCAUGGUUGUCUCAUUUUUUGAUAUAUUUAAUCCAAAAAUGCCCGUUUUUGUGCAUUCUAGUACAUUUUGAACCCAUAACUAUUUUGCUAAAUUUUGGAAAAGCAUGUAGGGUAAUUUCGUUUGCCCUGGGCAUUAUAACUCCUUGGAAAUAUCAUGUGUAUGUUGGAAUGUGAUUAUACAUGCCUUAGCAUAGAUACCAGAUAAAAGCAAGGUCACUGGUCCAUCUGGCUCAGAACUCUCCACAUCAGAGGUAGGGAACCUGUGGCCCUCCAGAUGUCGCUAAAUGUUUAUAUAUUUUCUGUAUAAAUAAGUAACUAUAAAUCUGUCCGUUGUAAAUGUUCCACAAAGCUUCUUGUUGCACUAACAGCAACAGACCAACAGAACUACCUGCUCGGGAACUUGCUGUCUUGUGGUCUUCUGCCAGAUGUCUGAGUAACAGAAUUUUUGCUAUUAUUGUCAUAGAUGCACAGAUGCUUUUCUGGACCACGAGACCUCCUACGAAUGUUGCUCCACCAACCCCUGCACAGGCUGUGUCUUGGCUUGCCGCAGGAGCCCUCGGCUUCUUACUAACGGCUACUACUUACUCACAGAGGACAGUUUUCUGUCUGAUGAAGAUGGCAACGUCACGCUGAGUCUAUCCCAAACAAGUGUUACCUAUAAAGAGAAAUUAGUUAGGUAAAUGUGACCUCGUGUAUAAGUUCUAUUGGAGAAGCAAGUGCCUUCCACACAUUCUGCAAAACCAAUGUUUCUGAGUCCUGUUCAGUUAUUUUCACGCACCAUCUCCUUCCUUAUAGGAGGCCUUCUCAAAGGAAUUAAUUACUAUAUAAACCAGCCUAUGAGUUCACUGUUAUGGUUUGCUACCUCCGGUAGCUUGUUGAGAAUCUAUAUUCUCCACAAAAGUGCAGAUUAGGAGUGGAGAACCUUUUUCAACCUGAGCAACUUUCGCUCAUAAUUAGUCAUCUAGGGGCCACAUGCCAGUGGCGGAAGAGGCCAGAGGAAAAAAUUGAGUGGGGCCCAGGGCAAGAGUGUGUGACUUUUACCAUUGUACAACAAGCUACAUUCCAGGCACACAAAAGUCAGAGGUCUCAGCUUGGAUCCAGGCAAGAAAGAGAUACAAUCACAACUCAGUCACAAUUCAAUACCGGUAAAACACUUGAGGAAGACCCAGAACAGGGGUUUGGGCUGAGGAGAAGUGGGCAACAAAGAGAACACUGGAGGGCUGCAUUUGGCCACCACAUCUGAGGUUCUCCAUCCAUGUUACAGAUUCCCAAGAGAUAAAUCUUGGUUCUCUGCUCUCAAUCAUGUUGCUGUUGAUAACAAUGAUAAUUCACCAUCAGUAGGACAGUUCUUUGCAAAAGCCAUUAACAAUAGAGACCUCUCUGCCAAGGAGCUUACAACCUAAAUUCUGGCAGGGAGCAAUAAUAAUAGUAAUAGUAGUAGUAGUAGUAGUAGUAGUAAUAAUAAUAAUAAUAAUAAUAAUAAUAAUAAUUUUAUUAUUUGUACCCUGCCCAUCUGGCUGGGUUUCCCCAGCCACUCUGGGCGGAUUCCAACAAAGGUUAAAAAUACAUUAAAAUGUCACACAUUAAAAACGUCCCUAAACAGGGCGGCCUUCAAAUGUCUUCUAAAUGUCAGGUAGUUGUUUAUCUCUUUGACAUCUGAUGAGAGGGCGUUCCACAGGGCGGGGGCCACUGACGAGAAGACCCUCUGCCUGGUUCCCUGUAGCUUUGCUUCUCGCAGUGAGGAAACAGCCAGAAGGCCCUCGGCGCUGGACCUCAGUGUCCAGGCAGAAUGAUGGGGGUGGAGAUGCUCCUUCAGGUAUACUGGGCCGAGGAUGUUUAGGGCUUUAAAGGUCAACAACAACACAUUGAAUUGUGCUCAGAAAUGUACUGGGAGCCAAUGUAAGUCUUUCAGACCGGUGUUAUAUGGUCCCGGCGGCCACUCCCAGUCACCAGUCUAGCAGCUGCAUUCUGGAUUAGUUGUAGUUUCUGGGUCACCUUCAAAGGUACCCCACAUAGAGCGCAUUGCAGUAGUCCAAGCGAGAGAUAACUAGAGCAAGCACCACUCUGGCAAGACAGUCCGCAGGAAGGUAGGGUCUCAGCCUGCGUACCAGAUGGAUCUGGUAGGCAGCUGCCCUGGAUACAGAAUUGAAAACAGGAAAGAAACAGUAAAGAAAGAAAGAAAGAUGAGAGUAGCAGAAGAAUAUGCGUAAAACUUAAUUAUAUGCAAGUUAAGUACUUUGUUUCUGUUACAGAUGAGAACUUUAUGGGUUAAGUGUUUCAUAGGCAUUUGUAGAAGAUCAGUUUUGUACUAAUGUUCUGGUUUUAUUUUUUCGUGCCAGAAUAUUUCGGAGAAGAAAGAGAAUCCGCCGAUCCCUGGCUAGUUUGUUCAGUAUUGGAGCCUCUAAAUCAUGGCUGAACAGCACCACUAUUGACUUACCUUACGUAGAGGAUGCUUGGUUUGAUGGAGACAUGAAGGGGGAUGCCAGUGAAUAUUAUGACACUGGUGAGCACUGACUUUGCUCAUGUAAGCUAGCAGCUAUUCUAAUAGGUUUUGUACUUAAAGGAAGACCUGUGACAUGGCCCAGAACAUCUGAGCUUACAAUAUACCGGUAUGUUUUUCAAUGGGUUUCUUUACAGGUGCCGUUGAUGCUGCUUUCAACUGCAAAGCCCAAAGGGCAGAGAGACACAGUCUGGUACAAAAGAAGCCCUCUUCUUCGAAAGAUGCCACUUGGACAAAAUCAAGAAAAGAGCAGCAUUAUUCACCUACUUGUAUCUUUCCCCCAGCAGAAGAAGAGUACUUCUAUGAAAAAUCUUUGGACUGUUCAAGUGAGUUAAACCCUUCUCUGUGUUGUAAAGCUCUCUGUUAAUGAUAUGCCUUUCCUUGCAUGAACUAUCCUGGGUUUUAAGAUUGGCAUGGGAGGUUCUGCCUGUCGUGCCUUUGAUGAUUGCAGCUCGUGGGGCUGCCACAUGAAACAGAACCUUCUCAGUGGUGGCACCUCAGCUGUGGAACUCUCAGUGGAAAUCUGGUUGUCCCGUAUGUUGGGCUCAGUCUUGCAGACAUUUGGUACAUACUUGACAUCUUGUUAUCUGCCGCUUAUUGCUGACCAUCACAGUGUAUUUUGUGCUUGUGGUUUUAGAACUGGGAUUUUAACCGUUUUUUAUUUGUGGUUUUUAUGAAGGUUGUCAGCCACACUAUGUUCUGUUGUGAGGAAGAGCAGGAUAGAAGGGAAAUAAAUCCACAGCCCCACUUGUGAUCAUUAGAAAGAAAGAAAACAAGCAGAAGUUGCUAGGAAGAUGCUCUUUAAUUAAAGAAAGGUCCAAGAACAUAACAACAGGAGCUAAGAUGAAUACAGUACUUUGAAUACAUUCUGUAACAUCUGUCAUGUCGUAUUUGGUGGGCUUAAAACAAAAUCAGGAGGAUUAAAUCAGCUUAAUUAUGGCCUAAUUCUCCACUUACGUUAUUAUGGCUCCAGGAAUGCCUCAGAGCUCUGCAACAUGUAACCUCAUUUAUACAAAUGUUUUGGUGCACUGUUCAUUCCCUAUCAGUCAUUCUUUACCGAGGCCUUGGCUGUACUAGGUGUUUUGUGCUGGUCAAGGUGUGAUCUAGUCAGGAACAGGUCUUCUGGAUUAAAGCUAGCACAGCACUGGAAAUUUCUCCUUCAUUCUUUCCAAUCCUUCUACAUCGAUUAACGAGAAAAAAGGACCAUUUAAACAUCACCAAAGGGGGUAUAACAUUUAGGGGAAAUGCUCACAGGUGAGGUGCAGAGUUUUAGCUGCCCUUACCUUACUUUUGGGGAUGCGGGUGGCGCUGUGGGUUAAACCACAGGGCGUAGGACUUGCUGAUCAGAAGGUCGGCGGUUCGAAUUCCCGCGAUAGGGUGAGCUCCCGUUGCUCGGUCCCUGCUCCUGCCAACCUAGCAGUUCGAAAGCACGUCAAAGUGUAAGUAGAUAAAUAGGUACCGCUCCGGCAGCAAGGUAAACGGCGUUUCCAUGCGCUGCUUUGGUUUGCCAGAGGCUGCUUGGUCAUGCUGGCCACAUGACCAGAAGCUGUACGUCGGCUCCCUCGGCCUAUAAAGCGAGAUGAGCACUGCAACCCCAGAGUCGGCCAUGACUGGACCUAAUGGGCAGGGGUCCCUUUACCUUUACCUUACUUUUGAGGUGGCCAAAAGUUUCAUUCUACAAAUCAUCUCACAAACAGCCUGUGCUCUGCAGCCUUUUUCAGGGGCCCAUGCUACAGUUAAAGCCCAGGGGAAGAUAUAAUGAAAACUCCUUGUGGAAAAAUGGCAUUAAGGGGUGGAAGAGACCAUGGCUCAAUGGCAGAGCACAUUUUCAUAGAAUCCUAAGACUGUAGAUUUGAAAGGGAUCCAACCUAGUCCAACCCCAUGCAAUGCAGGAACCAGAGUUUUGGAUGCAGAAGCACCUAGGUUCAGUCUCCAGCAUCUCCAGGCAAAAUGGACAGGCAUCAUGAGAUAGGAAACACCUCUUGCCCAAGAUCCUGGAAGGCUGCUGCCAGUCAGAGUAGACAGCACUGGGUGGACAAAUAACCUGGCCUGUGGCUUCCUGUUAUCGGGAAGGUAACAUUCUUGCAAUAACUGUUUUUCUUUCUCUCUCUGUAUGUGUUCUAAAUAGAGCCUUUUACAGUAAGGCACAACCUCUGCCCAGUUAUCGUGCUCUCCAUGUGUUUGAUCAUUUCUCUCUGCGUAAGGUAAAUCUGAAUGUCUUUUUAUAUAUAGCAGCACUUUCAUCUAUAAUGCAUUCAAAGAGUUUUUCAAAGAAGCUAUAUAAACUGUCCUUCGGAAAAUCAUGUGACCAGAUAUGGGAGCUCGAGGGUCCUUUGGACUAACAGCAGCCUCUUGGUUCUGUUGCACGGAAAAUUCAGGCAGGCUUCAAAAUCAAUUUGUUAAACGAUACUACCUGUAUAGUGUGUUGUUCUAGUUUAGGUUGAGCUUUUUUAAAAGAUCAAAUACUAAUGAGUGGCAUAUCCCAGAUGACCACCCACUUCCUAUUCAGCCAUUUAACAGAAGACUGAUCUCCAAGGAGAGCCAAAUGAAAGCCAUUUUGAUGCCCACUUACAAACUAGUGACCCGGGUGAAUUUCUGGGAGAGAUUUGGAGAAUGCCAAGCUGGUUGUUAUCUUGGCUCCUGAUGUGAAAAGCCACCAGCUUAGCCUGACCUUGUUGACAGGCUCUUGAGUUCAUGGCUGGAGGAUGAAUGAAACACAUAGCUGUCAUUGCUCUGCAGAUCUCCCUGCCUGAUUUAAUAUUAAGAUGAUUUGACACAGAAGGGAAAUGAAUUAAUUAUAUUUGCAUUGAUUAUUGACUAUUUGAUCUUUUCCUGCUUUGAGCCUUUUGAUCCAUCCUAUUUUAUUAAUAUUCAAUAAAUACGCUUAUAAUAAAAGACUAAAAUAAGGAAGAAGAAGAGAAGAGUUUGGAUUUGAUAUCACUACCCUAAGGAGUCUCAAAGCGGCUAACAAUCUCCUUUCCCUUCCUCCCCCACAACAAACACUCUAUGAGGUGAGUGGGGCUGAGACACUUCAGAGAAGUGUGACUAGCCCAAGGUCAUCCAGCAGCUGCAUGUGGAGGAGCGGAGAUGCGAACCCGGUUCCCCAGAUUACAAGUCUACCGCUCCUAACCACUACACCACACUGGAGAGGUCUGUGGUGGGAAUAUAGUGGGAGGACACUAUCUUUUUGAGUGGGUUUGCACUUAAGUGAAUUGGAUGAAACUGGAAGAGGCCUCUGGGUAGGGAAAGGACUCAGCCGUAGAGAAGCUGUGGCUUCCUUUAACAGAGACUGCUCAUUCUGUAAGUACUUCAUAAACUUUACCUUAUGUAUAGGGACAUCCUGGAUUCUGAAAGUUAUUAAUGUAAGGACAACACACUAGGGAAUUGCUAUCUCUCAGGUAGGAGAUCUCUGCCUCUGACAAUGUGCAAGCCUUUGGGGGGCAUCUCAAAUUGGAUUGUUGUCAUAUACAGUAAGCCCACAUCUUACGCAAAGAUGCAUUCUGGGGGAUCACACCUGAGGGCAAAAUUGUGUAUAGUCAAAACACAUUGUGUGCAAUAGCAGGUAGGAUUGAGAAAGUUUUUUUCCUUGGAUGCCUGCCCCCAUUCCUCCUUUUUAAUUUUUCUCUAUUUUUGCCAAGUGAUUAAAGCUGAACACAAGUUAAAUGCACAUAAGUUGUGGGCUUAGUGUAAUACCAAAGUAAAUGGUGGUGUGAAUAAGGUAGGCUUGCAGGGUCCCAUGCUCACAUCCAAAUAGGGUUUGAGGUCAAAACUGUUUUGAAUGUCAAGAAAAGCAUAUGGAGAAUUCAUCUGAAUUUGGCUACAGUUCCUUACCUCAUGAAUCUUACCCCAUACAAUCUUACUUUAAUUUAUAGUCCAUUCUAAUUAAUUGCACUGUAGCUUAAAUUUGAAUUUUAGCAAUGUUGUGCAUUUUUUAAAUGAUUUGCAAACUGCUUAGAAGCCGCGUGGGCAAUACGGGUUGGAUCCAAUACCAUCAAUUGCAUGAAGUGUUCAGGACAGAUAAGAAAAAAGGUUUCUCAAACGAACCUUCAUAAUUAGAAAAAGUGUUAUUACAAAACCAAACCAAGGUAAUAUCAAAAAUGUAUGAUACAUUAUUGGAGUGGGAGGUCAAAGACGAACAGGUCAAGGAGGUAAUGAUCAAGUGGGCUGUAGAUAUUGGGAAAACCAUUAACGUAACAGCAUGCGAAGAACUAUGGAUAAAGAACUGGAAAUUUACAUCCUGUGAAGUAUUGAGAGAAAACCUAAUCAAGAUGUUUUAUAGAUGCUACUUAACACCUACCAAAAUAGCUAAAUUGUAUAAGACAAAAGCAAAUCUGUGCUGGAGGUGCGGUAAAACAGAGGGGACACUUAUACGUUUGGUGGACCUGUGAAAAAAUCAAAAGCUUCUGGAACACAGUGUAUGACAAGCUUAAAAAAAUGUUUGUAUAACUUUAUGGAAAAUACAGAAGCUUUUCUACUAGGGAUAAUGGACACAGGUAUAGCAAGAGAAGAUCAGAAAAGAUUCCUCUAUGCCACAGGAGCGGCAAGGAUCCUAAUUGCUAAAAACUAGAAAAAAGAAACUGUGCCAAAAAAAAAGGAAUGGCAAGAUAAACUGUUAAGAGUAUGUUGAACUGGCUAGAUUAACAGAGGCAAUUAGAGAUUACACUAUACAAGAGUUUCAAAAAGCGUGGGGAAAAUGCAGAGAAUACUUCACAAACCAGUGCCCUAAAAUACAUACCUGGACUUGUUUUGAUUAAUGUCUGCAGGAGACUUUGUGGAUAUGUAAGUUAUAAUUAGAAAAAUCUUAAUAAUUAUUCAUAAAGGAAACAGUUUAUAAAAAGUAAAUUAGGAGGCCAGAUACAGGAUAAAGGAAAUCUUUUAUUUGGUUGUUUGUAUUGUUGUAUGUUAUGCUCAGUGUAUGUUAUGUUCACGUUUAAUGAGGGUGGAUUUGUGUAUUGGGAGGGUUUAUGUUAUGUUGUAAAUAAAAUUCCAAUAAAAAUUAAAAAAAGGGGGGGGGGAGAAGCCGCCUGGGCAUUUAACCGGAAUAUAAACAAAUAAAUAAUGCUUAAGAUGUUGACUUGCGUUGAUUCUUGUCGUUUCAGAUUCUUUCUGGGAGGACUGUUUACAACUCUGCUGAGCUUCUUGCUGUUGAUCAUCAUUUUAAUUUGUAAGCAAAAAAUAAAUGUUUAUCCUUGCUACAAGUCAGAUGAUUCCUACAUUGCAGGGGGUUGGACUAGAUGACCCUUGGGGUCCCUUCUAACUCUACAAUUCUGUGAUGAUUUGUGGGAUUGAGGGUUCACCCAGACUUCCUUUUGUUCACGUUUCUAGACACAGGGCCAGGCUUUAAAGCUUUGUGCCUGAGCGGUUUUCUUUUUGUCCUGGUGCUUUCCCCAAUAAAACCCACAUUUUACCGCUGAAUUGGAGCAAAUGGUGAAGGGCUUCCCCAUGGACUGCCAUUUGCCAUUCAGUAGUAAAAUGUGGGUUUUCUCAGGGAAAACUCUUGGACAAUAAACAAACAAACACAUUGCUUCGGUAUGGAGCUUUAAAGCGCAGACCCACACCUGGAAAGUGUGGCACAAAAGUCUGCAUGAGUCCUGAUUUGAGGUACCUAAUUCUUCUGAAAACAAGUGUGUGCUGUGCCCAGUAAGCAAUCAUCAUAACCAUCUAUAAUUUAUUUAUUAAUAAAACACCAAAAGUUAGAAUAUGUUUAUGAACUUAUUUUGCAGUGCUAUUCCAUACCUAUUUCACUGCUAAUUUGGACUUCAUAAUAAUUUCUUAACCAGGACAUAAAACUUCUCUAAUCAAAUUUAACAAGAUGCUUACAGUGGUGCCUCGCAAGACGAAAUUAAUUCUUUCCGUGAGUUUUGUCGUCUUGCGAUUUUUUUCGUCUUGCGAAGCACGGUGUCGGGAAAGUUUUGGAAAAGCUUCAAAAAUCACCAAAGUCUUUAAAUACCUCAAAAAAGGCUACCACACCGCGUGCUAUGAGUUGCUCCUCGAAGUCCAGUCGCAACUGUAUUAACGGUUUUAAGAAAAAGGAAACAAACUUGCAAGACGUUUCCGUCUUGCGAAGCAAGCCCAUAGGGAAAAUCGUCUUGCGAAGCAACUCAAAAAACCAAAAACCCUUUCGUUUUGCGAGUUUUCCGUCUUGCGAGGCAUUCGUCUUGCGAUGUACCACUGUAUUACCAUCAACUUACAGACUGCUGCAUGGAUAGGAAUCAACAUGCCUAAAAGAUUGUGCCUUAAGUAAUACUGACAAAUGUGAGAAUGUUAGAUGGUUUUCAGCUGUGUAAUACUUGUCAUUCUUUCCCCUUCUUCUCUCAGGUUCACUGGCACUUUUGUACUAG